GGGAAAACACAUAGGUGCUUGGAUUAGGGAUAUUGAUUUAGGAUAUAUGGACAUCAUGAGGACAUAUGUUUGGCUGUUUCUGAAUCUUGCAGUUCAGAACUGGGUCACAUGUGAGAGCUUGGAAUUGCCGCAGAAGGAGAAAAGCUUUCUACUUAAGGAACUGUUGCCUCAAGGCCAUGUGGUGCAGGAAGAUCGGAAACUUUUUGUGAUAGAAGAGGUGUUUGUACAGGAUAAACUAGCAGAAUCUAAUCCAGUGCAAGAAGGAAACAACCUGGAAGAGUUUGAGCCUCUUGACAAGCAAAAGGUCAUAGAGGCUAAUGAAUGUCCGAUACAGAUAGAAUCAGGUUCAGGGUCUCAACUAGAGCUUUGUAAAGGCAUAAUCAUUGAUGGCAAAUACUAUCAGUUCUUCAGGGGACCUAUGAUGGCAUAUGAAGCAGAGUUUUACUGUCAGAAGAAAUUCCCCAAUGGACAUUUAGCUUCGGUGACCUCCAAACAUGUUCAUGACCUCAUGAUGUGGCUCAUGGAAAGGGAUGGGGGUUACACACGUACAUGGAUUGGAGGCCUGAGAUACCUACAUACUGGACGUUUUGUGUGGCUUGAUGGAGCACAUUGGAACUAUACUGACUGGUUCACUGGAGAGCCCAAUAACACAGCUGAUGUGGAAAACUGUGUUGAGUUACUGAGCAACUCAAAGUUCAAUGACAUGCCAUGCUGGGACCUGCGUGCAUACAUCUGCUCCUACCCUCUUUAAGGAUUAGCCGAAACUAAUUGAAGUUUUGAAAAGUAUAAUAGCACUAAAUUUAGACGAGUAAGAAGUAUUGUAAAUGAGCCACAGUGUUAAUGUGGUGUAAAUUGUGUGCUUUCUAGUAUCCUGAACUGACAGUAAUAAAUAAUA